ACACAUUGGAAGAGUUGAAUUGAAGCAUUUAGGUUAUAUGGUUGGGUUGGUUAGGUUUCGGCAUGAGAAAUUAGGAUUACGGUAAGAAUAUCAGGGUAAACCAGUCAGAGGCAGAUUAGGUGGGUCAUAACUUCACCAUCCUGGGACAAAAAUAUCCGGAGGCACCUGCAGGGCGCUGCUGGGAUCGAUGUUUAAAGGGAGAAGAGGCUCAGCGGGACCUUGGCCGACCCUGAAACAACUCGAUGGAUCUCAGGGCGGACUCUGGGAAUCUCAACACCCAGACCAUCGCAGGUGGACCAGAGACCCAGCAGGAGCUGUCUCUGUCCAGUGCUCCCAGUCAAACAGAAAGCGGAGGCACCAUCUUACUACAGUUGCUGGAAUUUAAAACCCAUCUACUCGAGGCUGUAGAGGAGCUGCACAUUCGAAGGGAUGCAGAGACACGCUUUGAGGAUCAGAUCAGUAAACUGUUGUUGGAGAAGCAGGAACUGGAGUGGGAGAAGGAAUCCCUCCAACAUCAAAUUGAAACCGUGACAAACCAGCACACAGAGUCACUCACCAACGUUAAGAAGCAGUUACAGGCCAAAAUCAGAAAGAUUGAGGAGGAGAAGGGAAAAUACCAGAUCAGCGCUGAGUUAAAAGACAAGGAGAUUAACAACUUGAAAGAGGAGCUGAAGUUGUUGCAGUUGCUGAAGUACAACUUGGAGAAGAAAUCAAGCGAGCUGGGACAGAAACUAGCCCUGCAGAGUCGGUCAAAGGACAGCCAUCUGAACCAGCUGGGGGAGGUGGAGAAACGUUUCAGUGCUCUGUCCAGGCAGUGUGCCACGGUCAAGCAGGCCCACGAGAAAUUAGAGCAGAAUGUUGAUGAGGCCAUGAGAAUCAAUAACAAACUGACUUCUGCAAAUGAAAAACAGGAAGCAACCAUCGUGUCAUUAAAGAAGGAGUUGGAGGAGGUCAGUAACAAGCUGAUCAAGACCAAGAUGUUAUCAGUACGACAUGAUAAGACCCAGAGUCCUUCAGGCAGAGAGCAGCAUGUACAGCAGCUGCACCAGAAGCUGAACACGGAAACUGAAAUGAACAAGAAGCUCAGGGAUGAGACUGUAGCUGUGCGAGCAGAGAAACAGGAGGUGAUGAAGACUCUGGAGCAUACCCAGCAGCUGUUGUUGAACCAGACACACACUGUAAGCAGAAUAGAGCUGGAGCUUCAGACACAAGAGGAGCAGUAUCAGGCCCUUAAGCAGGAACAUGAGGUGAUGCGAGAGAAAAGCAAGGCAAUGGAAGACAAGGUGGCCCAACUGAUGGAGAGCUACACUGCUUCCAAGACCGUCUGGGACAAAGAGAAGACAAUGUUUCUGGAUCGCAUCAAGAGUGAGCAGCAAGACCAUCAAGCAGUGAAAGAGGCGUACGACGAGCUUCAUCAGAAACACACUGAACUGUCCGCACAGGCCAAAGCACAAGCUCAGCACCUACAUGAAUUGGAGAGGAGAGACUGCAGUCAGAGCCUCAGCGUUUCUACUGAGCUCUUCCCCACUUUAUUGGAGGGAACCAGAGGAGCGAGACCUCUUAAUGAACCCAACUCCAGCUCUGAGCUAACUAGCUUUGGCAGUCUGCAACACUUGGCUUCUUCUCAGCACAAAAACUCAGACUGUCUGGAGGACACGAGCGCUGUGACUAAGCUAGUUGCCACUGGAGCAAUGGGAGGACAAGAAGCCUCAACCCAUCAUCUGCAAUCUCAAUAUGAAGAGCCCCCAAACAUUUCAAACCUAUUUACCUUCCCACUUGACACCAACAACGUUUGCAGCCUCAAUAGUCUUUCUGGAAAAACGAGCAGUGACACCAACAUAUUGAACAAGUACAUGAACAACUCUAACACAAGUGAAAGAGAUUCUGAUAUGGUUUCAGAUGUGAUGUGUACUACUUCCUCUGUGUCUGAUGAUAGUCUGCUGAUUAGCAAAAGUAGCUGUGUGAGUAGCACAAUAACAGCAUCAAGCCCUGACCACACGUCUAUCGAUGGAUCUGUACCGACCAAAGAAAACAGCGAAGAGGUAAAUAGAGGAACAAGUGAGACAGAGCAGGACGGGAAGGACGACAACAGAGAAGAAGAGGACAGAAAUAAGUGGAAUAGAGAAGACGUCCAAGGAGAAGAUGUGAAGGAGGGGGGACAUGCUGGAGAAAAGAGAGGAACGCUCAUGACCCAAACAACAGAUAGAGUGGACAGACAAGAGUGCAGGGGAGGGGACGCCAGAAAGCCUAAAACAGAAAUAAAAGAUAGAGCAGAGGGAGCGGAAAGAGGAAAGACAGAAACACCAGAACCAGAGAUACAGGCCCAGACAACUAGUGAUAAAAACAACAAAUAUGAAGAGAAGAGCAACAUACCGCGGGUCAUUGACUUCAUGGACAGCACUGAGACACCACUGACUGCCUGUGAGCCUUCAGACUCCUCACAAAGUCUCUCUCAGGUCAUUAAGACAGAUGCUGACUCUAGCCAUGUUAACAAAGGAGGUGGCAUGGGAAGAGGAGGACAGCUGCCAUGUACCUUCAGUUCUGAUGAGAGUCUAAGUGUCAGUCAUGGGUCUAAUCCCCUUGUUCAAGCGGUGCAACACCUGUGUCAAGAUGCUGAGUCACUUUGUCAUUUACCAAGUGCAAUUCAGCAAGUUUUUGAGAAAAACAUAGAAGAGAGGCUAUCUGACAAAUCCGAUUUCCCAGCUGAACUUUCUGAACGUAGCUCACAGACGAUUUCUGCACAGUCAGGUGGUAUUGUCAACAUCCAAGAUUUACAGACAACUCAAACACAGACAGAAACUAGUAAUCCUCCUGACAUUGCCAGUAUUAUAAAUCACACAGAUGAAAUGCGUGAUACCAAAGUAAGCGAAGAAGGUGUAUUAGUGAGUACAAUGAUUAAACCACAAGCAUUACCCCAAAGUCAGGAAAUUUCAGAACAGGAGAAUGGGCAGCUCAAGUCUCUGGUUACUGAUGGUCAGACAAAUGUGAACAGUGCGUGUGAGACUGCCAAGGAAACAGUGGAAAAAUUUAAUUUGAAGGAUGCCUCUGACAAUAUAGACCCUAAAUCUCAAGUGGAAACUUGUCAGGAGCACUUUAAAAAUGACAAACAAGAUGUAGAAGAUUUACAGACCACGGAAAGUGAAGCUGAUUUGAAGCUGUUUGUCCAUCAAAAUUACAACAAUGAUGCAUCACCAGGGACUGACUGUUCAAAACACCAUGACCAGCCUGUUGUAAAAGACAUGCUGCUUGAUGAUACCAAUGAGUCACCUCUGCCUUUCAAUAAGACUUACAGGUCAUCAUUUGACUGGGGCGGUGCUCAGAGAAAAACAGAGGGAUCCACAACUACGUCUGUCUCCGUCCUGCAUCAGUUUGCCCAGGGACCCCAUAUGUCUGAGCAAUGUACAAGUGGUGGAUUCCUCGGACAUCCUCCCAGCACGAUACCCAUGUUCCUCAAAAGCAAGCAAAAAAAAGUCCCCUUGGUGAUUACCAGGGCGUCGGAUCUGUUGAAUGCCUCCAGUGUCUCUGGGACCGCAGCUUCCUCGAGGAGACACCAGCAGGGAGAGUGGAAAGCUGUCGGAGAGACCUGCAGAGAGACAACAUCAGCAGACAUGGAGAGCAGAGUUUCUCUGUCCAUCACUUCUUUUCCAGCGUCCACCUCUGCCAGUGCAGUCAGUAGACAGUCAUGGCAGACCACUUCAGGGUGUAGUAGAACUACACCAACUGCAGGUCCUAAGUCAGAGUCUGACUGGGAACUCUCCUGCUCCCAGGAGAGGGAAGAGCAACAGUCAUCAUUCAGAGCCCAGAUAUCCAAAAUCGAACAGUUCCUCAACACAGAGAGGCUCCGCUUGCCCAAAAGACGACGCACAGACAACUAAACGACCAAAACAUGCUGCUCUAAAGAGGGAUGCUACUGUAUCUAUAGUUACAUGACAAAAGUGUAUGUUUACUGUAGCACAUAUUUGGUAACUACUGUUUGUGCAGGUUUAAAUGUUGUGAAAUGGUAUCACUUUAACUAUAAAGAUGAAUUACUGAUUCCUUUCAACUCGAUUCCUGUAUGAUUACAUUUCAAUAUGUUUUAUUUGCAAAAUUAGAGCCUAAGCUGUAAAAGUUUAUGCAGGUAUCUAGUUUUUAGCCUGUUCAUAUUACUGUUACACAAACAUUUCUACAUUUUAUUUGAAUUCAAGACUGUUGGGUUCAUUUGUUUUUUCCUGUUGUGUAUCAUAGUGAUUGUGUAUUUAUAGAUAAGACAGGCAGAGGGGAUUAUUCCACUGGAUGUGAAUUUAUUUAUGCAAUUUUAUUUGAAAGAUUUUAUUUCAACAUACAGUUGUAUGUGUUUAAAGUGGUAUUGAAAUUUAGAAAAUACAUCUAUAAAAAUAAAAAUGUCAGCUUGCA